AUGAGGUUUGGUCUCGCGUGGUUCUCCUUGGGCUUCUGUCUUUUGAGCCACCUGGCGGCUUCCCAAUUCCUGGAGCAACCCUGUGGAGCUUCGGUGGAGGGCAAAAUAUUUCGUGGCAACGACGCAAAUCCAAGGUCUGCUGUCUGGAUGGCAGCGAUAUAUAAUGGUUCCGGUUUCCUUUGCGGGGGCUCCUUAAUCACGAAGAAUUUCGUCCUGACUGCCGCUCAUUGUGUGAGAGAUAUGGGAGCUAUGUACGUGUACCUCGGAGCGUACGACCAAAGGAAUCCGACGUCUCAAAUUCCAGUGAGCAAAGUGACAGAACACCCUGAAUUCAACCCACGCGAUUACAAUAAUGACAUAGCGCUGCUUCAGCUGUCGAUCAGUGUGGACUACAGUGUCAGCAUACAACCAGUCUGCAUUAGUGUGGAUAAAGACUUGGAAAGCGCACUGGAAAACGCUCAGAGGUUCGAUGUCUACGGUUGGGGAAGAACCCAGUGGCAAAAGAGGAGCAACAUCCUCCAGACCGUUGGCAUCAACCGAAAAGAUCCCGGUGAGUGCUACUCUUUGUACGGGUUUUCCAUCAAUCCGAAUCAGAUCUGUGCCGGCGGAGAGUUCGCAGACGCCUGCGACGGCGACUCCGGCGGUCCUCUGAUCGUCAAUGUGUCCCGGGAGGGCCAACAUGAGCGACAGUUCGCCACUCAGGUCGGAAUCGUGAGCUUUGGGUUGGCGCAGUGCACCGUUUCGGGAGUGUACACCAAUGUAAAUCGCUAUGUCGACUGGAUUAAGGCGACAGUAAGGAGCGCGGAUCCAAACGUAUGGUUGUACGAGAAUUGCAGCGAUGGCUCCACGGAAACAAACAUGAAGGCAGUCAUACAUUACCCUAACUUCAGAGUUGAAGGCGUAUUGGUCACAGACAAGGUUGUGCUCACACUUUCUGGUUUCCUGCCUAGGGACUUAACCCCUUUAUAUGUUGAGGUGAUGGGAUCCCCCGAAACCUAUUCAGUAGAGUCCAUAUUUGGGGGACAGGACGGAAGCAGCAUAACACUAUUCAAUCUAAGGCCACCGGUGAGACUCACAGAUGCCUUGAAACCUAUCUGCGUCCCCUCAAAUGGCAUUCCAGAGAAUGCUGUACCUGAUCCGAAUCUAUCUAUUAUUGGCAGUACUCCAAAUCUCGGUCUAAAUUACAAACUGAAUGUUCAAUAUAUUCAGCCCUACGAAUGUGCACACCGCCUAGAUGUUCAACUCGAAGAAAAUAUGUUUUGUGUGGAAGAUAUUUCUGCUUCCAAACGGUUCGGAAGAGCUGGCGACAUAUUGGUAGGGCAGAUGCGUCUCAGGGACAGGGAGCACGUCGCUUUGCUUGGUUUGGUCACAAAUGUGAUUAAUAGAGUGCACAUCGUUUUCAAUCUAUUCGAUAAAACGGAUGCAAUAGUCAAUGGAGUUAAGCCACAAACUAUUCUUAAAGUAAUUAGGUUUUAAUGGCCUUUGAUUUAUGUUAAUACGAACGAAUUAAAUUGAUUUUUCACAACA